AUGGAAGGUCAAUGUGAAGGUACUCAGAAGAAAAAGGCCAGUUCCAGAACGAGGAUUGGAUGUGAUGUUGGAUGUCAGACAGAACAAACAAGUAGUGCCAGUAUCAGCUACGUACAACAACAUAAUCAGUCCUCACAGCCUUCAUCAAAUGCAACGUCACAGCAAACUGCGGGCGGUGGUAGUAGUAAUUGUCCAGUUGAUACAACGUCAUCGUCAGCAUCGGCAUCCGGAGCAUCUACACCAGCCAAUCAAGCGCCGCCAUCAUCUCCUGCACCCUCAUCAAAUCAGACGUCACAAACGCCUAUCGAUAAAAAGCUUGCUGGACCUGCAGGAGUGAAGCCGAACGAGAUCGAAGCUUAUUUCGGAGAGAAACAACCAGUAACCGGAACGGCAACGAAUACUCAAGCACCGCCUGGUCAAACGCUAUCUGCCUCACAACAGUCCAAAUCUCGCGCUGCUUCCACGACGGGUGUUGUCGGAGAAGUGAAAAAACAGAAUGGAAAUGCCAAUGCCUCCUCAUCUAAUGCUGCUACAAAUGGAAACGCAAAAUCCGACGGUCCUUCAUGGAGUGAUGAUAAUUGUAAACUGAGACUUGUGAUAAAUCGAUUCUCGCAACUCGAAGAGACAAUGUGUUCGCCUCCAAAGUCUAUAGAAGGAGUUUCGUGGAAGAUAAUGGUGAUGCCAAAGCAGCAUAUGGUGCAGAAAAAACAGCAAAAGUGCAUGGGUUUCUUCCUUCAAUGUGCCCCGGAAAGAGCGUAUUCAGAUCAAUGGAGUGUUCAUGCUAUAGCGGAUAUGCGUAUGAUCUCGUACAAGCCGAAUGUCCCUCACUUUGCCCGACGAACGACACACACGUACACUUCGAAGGAAAACGAUUGGGGAUAUUCUUGUUUUAUGACAUGGGCGGACAUAAUCGACGAAGGUCAAGGGUACAUACGUGAUGAUACUGUAGUUUUGGAAAUCGCUGUGAAGGCAGAAGCUCCGAAGAACAUGAUGACUCAUGAGGAUUUUCUAGACAAAAUUGAGAAGUGGAUAGUGUUAGCUGAUAUGCAAAUGAAGAAAGGCAAUAUAGAUUUGGCUCUUGAGGCCAAUCAAAGUGCCAUGAAAUUUUGCAAAGGCAAAGACGAUGAAUGCUAUCAACGUCUUGAGACUCAACGGGAAACCUUUGUGAACGCGAAACUUUUCGAAAGUAUCGAACGUAUAGAGAAGGGACCAGUAGUGUGUACUGAUACAACUCAUGGAAAGCCAACCUCGUUGCGGCAAGCGUUGACUGGCGCCCAGAAGUCGUUGAACGGAAAAAUGACGGCCAAGGGAGGAAAGAAGACGCGUGCUGUUGUGACUGUGCAACACAUGAAGAAGAAGAAGCCAUAUGACCAAAACAAUCCAAAUCAGAGAAAUAACACUGGACCGACAGUUAAAGAUCUUGUAGAGAAAAGAAAAAGUAGCAAGUCUGACGAUAAGAAGGAUAGCAUGAAAACUAAGGAAGAGCUUGAUGCUGAUGAGCAGACUGAGUCCGACGAGUCUCCAGAUGAGAAAGCCAUCAACAGUGAUGAGGAGGAAGAGAUUGAGUUUGACGAUGAAGAGUACAACGAGGGUGACUACUGUAGUCAAGCUGAUGAGUGCAGCACUCUCGAACUUUUCGAAAAUCUCCAAGAUAUUGUCGAAGAAGAGAAUGAAGAUCAGCAAUGGGAAAACGACGAUGAUGAUGAUAAGGACAAUGCGGAUCAGGGUCAAAAUGAGGACGGAAUUCUCGUAUGUGAUCGCAUGGUACAAACCGAUUUCGAGGAAGUCCUGAAAAACUCUGUAGAAGAUAUAGAAGAUCGCGACAUGGUUAUAAACGAAGAGGAUCAGGACGUCGGAAAGGAGGAAGUCGAAACCAAGAAAUACUACGACCAAACAGGAGUCAAUGCCAAACCAGAAGACACCGUUGAGACUGUUUUCGGGGGAGACCAUGCUGGAGGAGCAGAUGCUUUCUCUAAUGACGUUCUCGACAGCUUGCCCACUGCCAUCCCUGUGCCAACUCCAGAAGAAGAGCCAUCUCAGUUGCAAUACACUGAGAAGUUCUUGAAGAGCUGGUUAGAUCUCGAAGGAGCACUCAGCGGAAAUGUUGAUCCGGAAGGAGUAUUCGCUCGGCUCAGUGAAGAAGAUCGUCAGGAUUUGUUGGAUGAGCUCAACUUCAAGAUUAACCCUUUGAUUGUCGCGUUGGAUCAUGAAUUCCGUGAGACGGUUAGUUGUGCAAACAACUGCUUGGAAAGCGCUCGUGGUGCUCUGUACCACUCGCAAAAAGUUAUUGGCGACUGUGACAAAAUGAAAGAGACAUUUGAAGAAAGACUCACUAGCGGAUUCUCUGGAGUUUACAAAGAACAACAAAAACGACCAGUUGAGACAACUACGAAGAAAACAACUAGCGCUGCUGCUACUUCUGGAUCGAGCGCUAAAUCUAUGACCAAUGGACGUCCGACAGUCAUUGCCAAACGAUCAAUGAAACAAGUUGUAUUGGAUCCUGAUAGCGAAGAAGCUAGAAAUCGUGCAGCGGAGUACUUGCGCACCGUUGAAAAUGUUAACAAUGUUGUUCAAGGAGACGAGCACACUCAAAGAAUGCGUGACGCGCUGGAAGGUUUCAAAGAUCUCCACCGCAAAUUGCAGCCAAUGAUGGCCACAAUUACAUCCAACAACGAACGUUUCCUCAGAAUAAUGCAACUCAUUUGCAGUGACAACGGGGUUGUUGCGGAUUAUGUUAAGAAGUUAAUGGCCACUCAUAAUAAUAAUCAAGCUGACAUGUCGAACGAGCUGAAACAAGCCCGUGAGGCGAUUGCAACUGCUUAUGACGAAAGAAAGGCUAACGAGAAGAAGUUCCAGGAUAAUAUUACAAGAACGGCAGAAGAAAUUGAGAAGAGUGCCCGAGCUUCGAAAGAGAUUAAAGAGCUUCAGAACAAGUUGAAGAAGUCCGAAAGCAAAGAAAAGAAAGAAGAGACUCGAGCUAAUCUUCUUCAAAUAUCACUGAAUGAGCUUGAAGAAAAGUCAAAAGUGAUGCGGAAGGAGUUGGAGACCUUGAAAAAGAAAUCUACUGAAGAGCGUGCCAAAGCUAAAAAAGAAAAAGAUCGGGACUCGCAAACAAUUAGACAACAAUCAAUUGAAAUCACCGAACGAGAAACUGAAAGAGAUAAAGCACGCAAAGAACUUGAAGAAGCUCUCCGCCAGAAAGAAAAGUUUGAAAAGGACAAGAAGGCUGUUGCUGGACAGUUGGUUUCAAUGACUGAGAGAGCACGUACUGCUGAGAUCGCUGUUAUGGAAUCCAAGUGGAAUGUUGCAUCUGAAGAACUCAAGAAGCGAAGAGAAGCUAUUCAUCAUGGCUUCACUGAGACUGAAAUUCUUGCUAACAGAACUCGCCAAGUCAGUGAUCGUGACAUUAUGCGGAAGUCUCUUGGCGAAUGGAAGGCUGCUCUCGACAAAAUUGAUGCUCAAAUAAAAUCAGUAAAGAGUGAUUACGAUCAUGCAUCUGAUUUGAUUAAAAAUGGAGUCAAGACACUUUCACAGACUCUAGAUAUCAAGAUCCCGGCUGCUGAUACUCUUCCAAACCUUGUGAAACCUCCCCCAGUUCAAGUUGUCGCACCAUCUCCGUCUGUCAUUCCUGCUCCAAUUAUGCCACCAACACCAGCUGCUGGCGUUAUUGGGCAACCAAGAACACCAAUUGGUGCGAGCCGUCAAGGACCUAGUGCUGCAGUUGAUUCUGCUAAUGCUCAAGCAACACCGCCUCGUUCUCAUGUGCAAAGAGUUCCAUCCCCUGUUGGAUUGAAGGCAUCGCGAACAGAAGAGAAUCCGUCAUCAGUGUGGUCGUGGAACACAAUAGGUACCAUUGGAAAUCUUGGAGAACUUCGUGAACCAAGCCGCAGUGAAACAAACUUCAACUCAUCAAUGGAUUCGCUUCAAAGAGAUAUAUGGGCAGCGAAUGGUAAUACGAACGGCAGUUUGGGACAUGACUUUUUGAUGAGACCUCCAUCGAGCGCUUUGUCAAAUGGAAUGGCCAGUGGCGGAGGGCCUCCGACCGCCCCAUUCCUUCGGUCUCAAUCCAGUCAACCCCAACCAUCUGUUGGUAUGAAUCAAGCCAGUUAUCAGCAAAGCCAACUGCAGCAACACCAACAUCAUCAAAACAGCCAACGUAUGCAACAGCAGCAACAACAGCCACGUGGCUAUGGUGAUAUGUGGAAUGCUCAAUCGAUGCAGCAAAAUUCUGGAAGUCAAGACUACGGAAAUCAAGCUCGCAUGAUGGCUAAUCAUAAUGGCGGUGGUGAUAUGUCAAAUAACCAAGGUUACUCUCCAUGGCACAACCCACCAUCCCAACAGCAGCUUAGAGGACCUACUCCUCAACAACAAUCCGCUGGUGGACAUCAUAACAUGUUCCAGACACAUUUCUUUGACAAUGGAAUGUAA